GCGCAUGAAAAUUGCAUUUGAUUUUUUGCACAGCCCUAAUAUUUAUCUGGAAUCUUACAUCCAUCCUCUAUUUUAACAGUCGUCCUCUAUUUUAAGAUAUCUCUCUUCCAAGUCUUUCAAAUUCGUUAUUUCUGAGUGAUGUAUUUAUUUUCCUGCUUAAAUGACCUAUAUAUUCAUAUUCUGCAAAAAUUUUGGACCUUUCAGUGCUCCAUUCAAAAUCCCAGAUUCCAAAAGAGACGUAAUUAUUUCAAACAACGAUGAUGAGAACAGUAGAAGAGGAUGCUGAGAAGUGGAGAAGCAAAACACUUUACAUGUCUACAUGUUUCAGAAAGCCCAAUAUGAUUGUGCACCUCAUCUAAAAUGCGGUGCAGAGUAAUGCGCUUGGAAUUUCAGGCAUGAGAGAAAGGAAUGCUGAUGCAUUGACUGUCUACGAGAGUCGUGCCAUUUUGCUAUGACAGCAACAGCUUGUGGUCUCACAUUGCUUAGAAUUUUUUAUAAUUUCUAUUUCUUUUUUUCCCAUUGCUGUGCCUGAUUACGUCAAUUAUCUGCAGAGAGACUGACCAGUCAGUGAUUCUGUUCGGAUGGCAUUCCCCUAUAUUUUGUCCCUCAAUGGCAUCUCUGUUAAGUCAAGACAGUGACACUGUGGCCCUAUGCCUCUGUAUGCAUCACACUUGUGUGUGUGUGUGUGUGUGUGAGUGCGUGAGGCAGACAGCUGCUGCCACACUUGGAGGGGUCUCUUCAAUUUCGUCCCACCCUGUCCCCACUCCCUCUCCUUUCUUAUACACAAACGUUCAUUUUACCUACUACUUCUGGGGCUGAAUUACUUUUCGGGAUGUAGACUCGAUCUUGAAACUCUGUAGAAUUGUAAAGGGAUUUUUGUAUGCCUGUAGGAUUUAAAGGUGACCAGCUGUGUCCGUUGUUCUUUGGUAAACGGAGCAUCUCACAUGCACUUCUCUUCAGAUCAGUCUUGAUUUAAGAGUCUUUGGCUUCAUGUGCUCUUGCAGGCUUACUGACAUUAAACAAAAUGGAACAGGCACUUACCACAGGUGGCUAAACACUACACCCUCUGUGCCUGCACUGGAUUCAGGAGCUGGGACUCAAGGCAUGGAAGAAGCGAUGGUUUGUUCUGCGCAGUGGGAGGCUGUCAGGAGACCCAGACGUGCUGGAGUAUUUCAAGAAUGACCAUGCCAAGAAGCCCAUCCGUGUGAUCGACCUGAACCUGUGUGAGCAGGUGGACGCCGGUCUGUCAUUCAACAAGAAGGACCUGGAGCACAGCUUCAUCUUUGACAUCAAGACUAUCGACCGGAUCUUUUACCUGGUGGCAGACACUGAAGAGGAAAUGAACAAUUGGGUGCGCUGCAUCUGUGAGAUCUGUGGCUUUAACCCCACCGAGUCAGGAGACUCUGGAAAGAUCUCUCACCAAGCAAAUGUGCCAGGCGGUAUGGUGGUGGAUACGGCCCCUAGCGGAGGGCCAGGAGGAGCCUUAGGGGCUUCUGCACUGGCCAACCUGCCUCCUCCCUACCAGCCUGUCAGCAUCAGACCCCUGGGGUCCUCCUCCAGUCUGGAUGAGCCUCAGGACUACCUUUGGCUGCUCAACUGUGAGAGCAAGAAACCAGAGCCUAAUAGUCCAGUGGCCCCUUUUGCUCUAGGAGAGGAGCAGGAAUACCUGCUUUUGGAGGAGUGUGGGAGCAGGAGCGCUCCUCCUGACUGUCAGUCCCGUGGUGAAUGCUCCAAGUCUACCUCCUCCGAACCCGAUUGUAAUGACAACCUCCCAUCCCACCACACUCCCACCUCCUCCUCCUCCAAGCACACUUCGGUCAAUGGUUUCUUUCCUAGCCAGCAUGGCGCUGGGCUCUAUGAUUCUCCUCCUUCACGCGGACAGUCGUUCUCAGCCGACUCACAGGGUGUGUACCACCUGCCCCGAAGUUACUCUCAGGACACUGUGCUGCUGCCGAAGUCGGCGUCCUCCCUUCCGGCUCCUGACGGUGAGGCCGGUGAACUCUAUGUCUUUAACACGCCUGGUCGUAAACCCUCUUUAGAGGCCCAUAUGCGGAACUUGUCAGUUAGCUAUGAUAUUCCACCAACACCUGGAAGUAACUGCACCUACCAGGUUCCUCGUACAGCUGGGAUAGAGGCUGUUUCGGGGGCCACAGAUGUGGUACCACCCCCUCGUCCGCCUAAGCCUUUACUGACCGCUGGAUCAGUCCAACCAGAGCGCUCACCCACGGACACAUAUGUGGUGCCACGGUCGAUGUCUGAGACUGACGGAAAUUACUGCGUGCCAUCCAGUGCAGGAGGGAGCAAAGCACUAUGGAGCAACACUGGUACAGUGGAUUGUCUGCGGAAAGAUUACGGAUCUCAAGACUGCUAUGAUAUACCCCGUCCCUUCACCUCAGAUAAAAGCUGCUCAUUUGAUUUUAACGAAAGCUUCAACAGCUAUUUUAAGAAUAAAGGCAUGGUGCCAGUAGGAGGUGAGGAGAUGACUGAGAACUAUGUGCCCAUGAGCGUCCACUCUUCCUCACAUCCGCGCUCCAGCAGCCUGUCAGAACCCAUCCAGGAGCCCAACUAUGUGCCCAUGACACCGGGCACAGUGGAGUUCUCCUCCCUCGGAAAACAGGUGCCGCCUCCUGCCCACAUGGGCUUCCGCUCCAGCCCCAAGACCCCACCACGUAGACCGGUGCACAUCCCCGAAUGCCAACCUCCACCCGUAGACCGCAACCUCAAACCUGACCGUAAAGGUCAGAGCCCUAAAAUAAACAGAGCAGUCGGUCUUGAGCGAACCGACUCCCAAACCAUAGGUGAAUUCUCAAGACUGCGAAGGGCAGGUAGGCCGGCCCCUUUGGAGAUCAAGCCUCUAGCUGAGUGGGAGGAGUGUACAGCGCCGGUGCGUUCCCCCGUGACCAGGUCCUUCACGAGGGACCCUUCUAGGUGUACCGCGGCCCCCAGACCAUCGUCAGGGCAUACCACUGCCUCCAGCAGCGACUCCGACGACUGUGAUGAGAAUUAUGUAACCAUGCAACACACUAAUAUGUCUACAGAUGAACCAAACAUGAAGCUAGGAGCACCAAUGAAUGCUGACGGAGGUGGCAGUCCCAUGGUCAAGCCCAAAGGAGACAAGCAGGUGGAGUACCUGGACCUCGACUUGGACACUGGGAUAUCGACUCCUCCUCGGAAGAAGAAGAGUAACGGGGCUGGUAUUUCAGCAUCAGAGGAGCGGGUAGACUAUGUGGUGGUGGAUCAGCAACGAACGCAAGCACUGAAGAGCACACGUGAGGCCUGGAGUGACGAACGGCAGUCAACGGAUCCAGAUCCCAACAACAAAGGGGCCAAAUGACACCCAUCUCUAUCCUCUUUUCUGCAAGGUCAUGACUCACAGGGGCCGAGGAAUGGAGGUCGCUGCACAUGCUCUGAACCUCCUAUCCAGUCUCCAUGAUUUUAGAUACAGCUGUGUGACAGCGCCUAGGUCACAGCUCCCAGAUCAGCUAGUUUACACUGCUUUCUGCUAGAUGACGCACCCGCACAGGGGAGAGCUGAUCCGAGGGAUCCUCAUGUAUAAGCUGACAGACUCCAAGUAGGAUGGACCGCACUCUGCACAGGGGCUGAAGGACUUGUCGAGCCUUUCUGGCUGAAAGCCUAGUGAAAAAUACACUAACAGAGCAGCAUUUUUCAUACAACGUGGAUAGACACUGCCCCCCCCCCCCCCUCCACUCAUCAGCUCAGACAGUUUCAGAUUUUUUGAUAUCGUCUUUCCAACAUCGUGGUGAUAAAGCACAUUAUUCCAUGGGCUGGGGUGCAUCAGGUCUGUUGAAUUUAUCUGUCCUCAAGGGCUUUAAAAAUAAAAAUUAAACAAUGUUCCAUGUUCACAAAACUGCCACUGGGGUUUUAGGAUGUUUUAGAAGCCUUUUUAUUUUUAUAGUUCCAUGAAAAUCUGAAACCUUUGCACAUCUAGGUUUCUUUUUUUAUUCUUUUCUUUUUUUUUUCAAUUUGUUUUAUUCUUUUGAGCCUCAGUUGUAAUUCGGUAGUGCAAUCAAACGGUUUUGAGUUGCUUGAGCCACAAAUCUACUAAGGUUGGUUUGUUUGAAAAUGAAUAUAGUUUUGCAUUUAAGACAGCAGACAGACUGUAUAAAGUGUUACGUACAUGAAUAAAGGUGUCCUUUAUUUGUAUCUAAUAUCUAGUAUGUUAAGGCUAAGGUGUAGUUUCUGCAGGAUAGAAGUCUACACGGUCUGAGAUGGCAUCAGAAGCUAUGAAAUCGUAUCGGUGGAUUUUGGAACUGUGAUUGUUUUUAACAGAGAAGAGAUUUCUCUGUUUUUUGUGUUUUAUCCGCUCUUUUAUUUUGAUUCAAAGCAAGGUAUCAAUUUACAAAGCGCGGAGGUCAGGUACUCACUGAAAGGUUUUAACAGAUUUCAUUUAUUUUAUUUUAUUUUAUUUUGCAGCUAUAGAUGAUGUCUUUAGUGUUGCAAAUGAUAUGUUCUCAUAAAAACCUUUUAAAAUUGCUUAUGACGCAAGAUGUUAUUAAAAAGGCUGUGUGCUGUAUGAGAUUCCUUCAUGGAGGGGCAGAAAAGCCAGUCAAGUUGUUUCAGGAAUUUUAUGAUGUUUCUUUAUUCUCUGUGUGACUGGUCUAUCAAUGCAUUUUUAUUGCAACUUCGAUAAUUUAUUUCAGAUGUCCCACAGCUCUUGGAGACUAAUCACCAUUGCAGCUUUUUUUGAAUGUUGUAAAUAUGAUCCAUUCAGUGAUUUCAGCCCAUGUCAGAAUACAUCAGCAUAGAACUUUACUGUGUGUGUACAAUAAAAUAGCUUUACUAACUACCAUUCUUAAGCCAAGAAGACAUUGUUUCUGUGUUUCAACACCAUUGGUGGCUUCUGAAGCUGUAUAUAUGGACACAGGCUUUUCAAGCAUGUCUUCUGAUUCAAAGCUGUGCCUAUAUUGUUUCCUUUCUACUCAAAACCUUUUCUUCUUUAAGUCCUCAGACCCUGAUGCUUUAUAUCUUUUUUUAAUGAAUCUGAAAGAAAUGUACAUUUUAAAAUAAACUCAAUAAAAAAAUAAUACUUGAGA